GGCAGGGUGGCUUGCAUAAGUCUGGUCUUCGUCGAGGUCGCCAGGCCAAACAGACACGGCAGGAGGAUGGUUUGGAGGCCCAGUGGCGUUGACUUGGGCGUGUCGGUCAGCUCACCUAGCAAGUCGGUCAAAAGAUUCCAAUUCUGGAUAAUUGGUUAUAAGUUCUCACGGACCCACCUCGGCAGGGGCAUCGAGGCCACCAAAAUCUGACUAUACGACGGUGAGGUCGCUUGCAACUGAGUCAUCCAAAUGUCGAGGGUGCUUUCUCCCUUUCCUGCUCGCCUGAACUGACCAGAAGGGCUGUUUUCAUGACCCACUGGCUGUCACGUGUUGGACAUCUCAGCCUUGCCUGUUUACUAUAGUCUCUGGUCCCCUUCGCCUUACCUAUCGCACAACGCCACCAACAGCCUCUCCCGUCUUCGUCUAUCGACCGUUGUCGAGAUGGCGUACACUUACAGCCCCAUCGUCGAGACCUGGGCCCUCUAUGGCGCCGGGUCACUGCUCAUCUUCUCUCGGAGCCUGUGUCGUUGGAGGAUGGUGGGCUUCCGCGGCUUCGAUUUCGAUGAUUAUUUCAUCUGGUUUUCAUGGGUAGUCUAUACCGUCAUGACAUAUGCGGCAGAUGUCUGUGACCGCCACCCGGACUUACACGUCCUCACAUUUGAUCAAAGGAAGGACAUGACAGCGGAUGAGGCCGCACCUUACAUUUGGGUCACGCAAUGGUUUUGUGCCGGAGUGGCAACCUACGUCGUCUUCGUCUGGUCGCUCAAGAUCAACAUGCUGAUCUUCUUCCGGCGAGUCGUCAAGGGCCUCUGGGUCGCAAAGCUCAUUUGGCCUCUGUUGGGCCUCGUCUUGUGUACUUUCAUCAUGAUCAUGGGUAUUCUGUUUGGGGCAUGCCGCCCAUACCCUAGGAUGUGGAAAUUCUACACCGACGAGGGUGAUUUGUGCGAGCCCCAAGCAACGCUCUAUAUGCUCCCAGUUCUUGUUAUGAACAUCGUCACAGACCUCUGCAUUAUGGCCAUACCUGCCCCCGUCGUCCUGCGAGCUAAGAUGAGCCUAUGGAAGAAGGUAUCACUGGUCCUCCUCUUCAGUGGCGGAUUCUUCAUCAUGAUCGCAGCCAUUCUGCGAGUGACAUUUGUCAUGGUGCAAAAGGAUGGAUCCACGGCAGCUAUUUGGUCUUGCCGAGAGGAUUUUGUUGCCACGUUGGUUGGGCAAGCUCCCAUGUUGCGCCCCGCUUUCAGCCGGCUUUUCUGGACAUCGAGGGGCAAGAUGACCACAGGGCAGAGCUCAUCCAUGAGACCCUCCAAGCCAGGCUCUAUGCCCAUCAACGACAGCAACAAUGAUGCCUUUGAGAUGCGGAAGGGGAAGCGUAAGGUGCAGGACUACAACGCCACGAUCCUAUCAACAAGAGGAUACGGCGAUGAUGAGUCCACAGAGAGAAUCUAUAAUAAAGGAAUUCUGGUAAACAGAGACGUGGAUAUUCACUACGAGAACGGCCACAAUGAAGUCCCAGGAUAUGGAUCUGAAGCAAGAGAGGACGGGAAGUAUGCUGCAAAUUGACUGGUUUGAUCUCUCUGUAUAUAGACCAUAGACUAUUGAUCAUUUUUCAUUUUGAUACGCUAAGCCAAAAUUGUAAUGACUAUCCCCAUGACGA